AAAACAUACAUAUAAUGAAUAUAAUCGCAGGGAUUUACGUUUUUAAACCGGAGUUUAAACAAAGUUCUAGCAAUGUUGUAAAAUAAUGUAGCGGUUAGCUGUUUCCGUUACUCCCUUUUCUUUAAAAUUAAGGCAUUGUAUUUGAAGAGGGCCGACGUUCUGAUAGUGAGCGAAGUUGAAGAAAAGAAGACAGUUCACCAUUGUUCGAGCUGGAUCGGUUAACGCUUCCCAGAUUUCCUGUCCCUGUGUGGAAGAAUUACCGAGAGGCGGUGACGCAAAACACACAAUAUACGAGAGCAGCUGUGUGGACUCGCUCUCAGGACUCGUCGGCUCUAACACUCAUGGGCUUACCUCUCUGAGUUUACUCUCAGCACAGCGACAGCUGCAGCUUUUGUCACACUUGGUGACUUUAUGUGACUGUCACCAAACUCUUUUUUUUUUUUUUUUUCUACUUGAGAUUGUGCUAUUUUUCAACCGCAACCAUUUUGUCGGGAACGAAACUGGGAUUUUCCCUCAUAUUAUGCACUACGAUGGACAGCGGUGGCUCAGUGGUUAGCACAAGAGCUGAGGAGCAGCCCUUUCAUGUCCGCUACAGGAUGGAGGUGUCCUGUCUGGAGCUGGCACUGGAGGGCGAGCGGCUCUGUAAGGUGGGCGACUACAGAGCGGGCGUCUCCUUCUUUGAAGCUGCAAUCCAGGUGGGCACAGAGGACCUGCAGGUGCUCAGUGCCAUCUACAGCCAACUGGGGAAUGCCUACUUCCAUCUGCAUGACUAUGCCAAGGCUUUAGAUUUCCACCGACAUGAUCUCACCUUAACAAGAACAAUCGGAGACCUGCUUGGAGAGGCCAAAGCCAGCGGGAACCUUGGCAACACGUUAAAGGUGCUGGGUCGCUUUGACGAGGCUGUGGUUUGCUGUCAGAGGCACCUGGACAUAGCGAGGGACAUAAACGACAAGGUUGGGCAGGCGCGAGCGCUCUAUAACUUUGGCAAUGUGUACCAUGCUAAAGGGAAAAGCAUUUGUUGGAGUGGGGCCGAGCCGGGGGAUUUCCCCGAAGACGUGAUGAUAGCAUUGAAGAAAGCAGCAGAAUACUACGAAGCAAACCUGGCGAUAGUGAAGGAGCUCGGAGAUCGGGCCGCUCAGGGUCGAACUUACGGUAACCUCGGCAACACACACUACCUGUUGGGAAACUUCGGUAAAGCUGUGGCGUCUCAUGAACAGCGUCUGCUGAUAGCCAAGGAGUUUGGAGAUCGCUCCGCUGAAAGGAGGGCUUACUGUAACCUGGGAAACGCUUUUAUCUUUUUGGGGGAAUUUGAGGUGGCAGCUGAGCAUUACAAGAGGUCGCUGCAGCUGGCGAGGCAGCUGAAGGACCGCGCUGUGGAAGCGCAGGCCUGCUACAGUCUGGGUAACACCUAUACGUUACUUCAGGACUAUGAGAGAGCCAUAGACUAUCACCUGAAACAUCUCAUCAUAGCUCAGGACCUCAACGACCGGAUAGGGGAGGGCCGAGCAUGCUGGAGUCUCGGAAAUGCUCACACUGCCCUGGGGAACCACGAUCAAGCCAUGCACUUUGCCGAGAAGCACCUCGAGAUCUGCAAAGAGACUGGAGACAGGAGUGGGGAGCUGACUGCUCGUAUGAAUGUCUCAGAUCUUCAGACUGUUUUGGGUUUGAGCUACAGCACAAAUAACUCCACGCUGUCUGAGAAUAAGGAAAUAGACUACAACCUGCAUGGAGCAAAGCCCAGGAUGAGCAGACGACACAGCAUGGAGAACCUGGAGCUGAUGAAACUCACACCUGACAAGAUGAAUGGUCAGAAGUGGAGCAGUGAGAUCCUGACCAAGCAAUCCAAACCCUCCCUGACCAAGAGCUCCUCUAAGCUGUUCUUCGUCAGCCGUCUGCGAGGGAAGAAGAACAAAGCCGGAGGCUCCACUAAAGUCCUUCAAGACACCAGCAACACUCUGGACACAAGUCAAACAUCUGCACCACAGAAACGACCCUCUCCUGACAUGCUCGGAGAUGAAGGCUUCUUCGACCUUCUGAGUCGGUUCCAAAGCAAUCGUAUGGAUGAUCAGCGUUGUUCCAUACAGGACAGAGGCAGCAGGUUGUCCUUAAACAGUGGAGCAGAUUCACCCCCCAGAACCAUCAGAAAAUCUGUAUCGGAGUCUGUGAACAUAUCAGGAUCCUCUGGGAGACGGUUGGAGGAAUCGUCAGCAGCGGGAGGAAGCCUGCCGGGCCUGAGACUGAAUCAGGGCAGCAACCAGGCGGUGCUGAACCACCUGAUGGCCAACGCCGACAAUGCCGAGCCUGAUGACGACUUCUUUGAUAUGCUCGUCAAGUGCCAGGGCUCCCGUCUGGAUGACCAGCGCUGCGCCCCUCCCCCUCCUCCGGUCCGAGGACCCACUGUACCCGACGAGGACUUCUUCAGCCUCAUCAUGCGCUCUCAGGCCAAACGAAUGGAUGAGCAACGCGUUACGUUGCCCUCUGCAGGAAGGCCCACCUCCAACACGAACUGAACAAAGCACUUAAAGGGACAAAAAUAAUCACUUCUUUUGUUCUUUUGCAAAAAAAAUCAUGAAGUGGACGAUGACUGCGACACAAAUAUCUCGUUUCGUUACAGUUGUUCUUUAUGGA